AAUACUAUAUUAUAUAAAUUCAAGUUAUCAAUGUUGUUGUUGGCUUUUCUUUAGCCAAAGAAUAUAAUGUUGGUUAAGAUUGAACAAAAAAAGCCGGCGCAGUUUAAUGUUUUGCCAAAAAUUAUAAAUGGUGGCAUUGCUGGAAUUAUCGGCGUGACAUGCGUCUAUCCGCUGGAUUUGGUCAAGACGCGACUGCAAAACCAGCAUAUUGGACCCAAUGGCGAGCGCAUGUACACCAGCAUCGCCGACUGUUUCCGUAAAACGAUCGCCAGCGAAGGAUUUUUUGGUAUGUACCGAGGCUCCGCGGUGAAUAUCCUGCUGAUCACGCCCGAAAAGGCCAUUAAAUUGACGGCCAACGACUACUUCCGCUACCAGUUAGCCACCGAAGAGGGGGUUCUCUCGCUGCCGCGGGCAGCAUUGGCCGGUGGGUUGGCGGGUCUGUUCCAGAUCGUGGUCACCACUCCCAUGGAGUUGCUUAAAAUCCAGAUGCAGGACGCUGGGCGCGUGGCCAGUGCCGCCAGAGCAGAAGGACGAGAGGUGACACAGUUAACGGCCAUGGGCCUGACCAAGCAGCUCCUGCGUGAGCGGGGCAUCCUGGGGCUGUACAAGGGAGUGGGCGCCACCGGGGUACGGGACAUCACCUUCUCGGUCGUUUACUUUCCGCUGAUGGCCACCAUAAACAACAAGGGGCCACGCAAGACUGACGGUUCUGGCGAGGCGGUCUUCUACUGGUCCCUCAUGGCCGGACUACUGGCCGGGAUGACGGCCGCCUUCCUGGUCACUCCGCUGGAUGUGAUCAAGACCCGGCUGCAGGCCGAUGCCGAAAAGCAGUUCAACGGCAUUGCGGACUGUGUGGGAAAGACCCUUAAGAACGAGGGUAUAACGGCAUUCUUUAAGGGAGGACUCUGUCGAAUGAUGGUGGUGGCUCCCCUAUUUGGGAUCGCCCAAAUGUUCUACUUUUUGGGCGUGGGCGAGAAGAUGUUGGGUAUCGAGCAAAAGAAAUCAGUGUAGUAUGAGUUUCGAAGAGCAUUUUCAAAAGAUCCUGUAUUGUUUUACACUUUUUAUAACACUUUCUAGAAGUUUUGGUGAGGUUCCAUCUAAUUGUCUGAUAAUUAAAUUUGUACGUCACGGCAAUUAUCUUGAAAUCUUUUAAGAAUU